ACUCAAACUCAAAACGCCCCAGUGUGUGCCACUUCACAAAAAUAAAAAAGAUCCAAAACCCUCUUUCACUAGCUAUUCCAGUCCCCCUUCCUUCAAGUCUCCCUCAUUCAUUCUUCUUCCUUUAGCUGAUAUUCUCUCCAAGUCUUUUUGUUCUCUGUCAUCGUCGGUAGUGACAAAACAACAAAAAGAUUAAUAAAAAGAAUCUUUUUCGCGAUACUUUAAUUUAGAACUCUUUAUCAAAAACUACCCAUUCCUUCUCUACCAUUUCAAAUCCACAACUAAUCCGCCACCUUUGCCCGCAUUAUCAUAUGCUAGUGAGCAGAAUUGAUCGAAUCAGAUAUCAACAUUGCCAUUAAUUCUCCACUCUUACCCACCGCAUCGAUUACUACGGAAAAGUUUCGCGCUAAGCAAAAAUUUCAUUCCCACAAAUCCUUAUCGACAACUUUUCUCUCACCCCCCUCUUCUUUUUCUUCUUUUACAAUGCCUUCUAUCGAAACACCAUCGAACCCAACAACAACAGGAAAGAUGGCUGAAAAUAAAAACUCGAUCAAGGUCUUAGAUGACUUAAUGUCGAAGUUGUCUGUUUCGAAAGAGCAGAACGACAUUAAUGCUGCCACUCACAACCUCGCCAUUUUCAUUAACGGUGGCAUCGAGGAGAAUGAUGCCCCCACCAAGUAUGUACUUUCAUGUUCAACAUUCAAAUUUUCAUCCAAGAAGAGAAACGGCAUCCAUCAGAGUUGAAUAUCUGCAAAGAUCUACUUUCGAGAUGUCCUUUACUUCAAUCUUUCUAUCGAGGUGGCAGUCUUACAGUCGCACGUUGAAUCUCGAUCAUUCGAAUUUUUCAUUUUCAACUUACUAACGAUGUGUCCUUUGCAGAACUGUCGAGGCUUUGCAAAAGCAAUUAGCAAACAAGAAGGAUGCUAAUGUUAGAGAACGCGCUCUCAAUGCAAUUCAGGCAAUUGCUGAGCACUCUGAAGUCUCUGCAUCCGUCGAACCAUACCUCAUCGUCCUCCUCUCCUCCGUCCUUGCCGCCGUUGGUGACAAGAUGGUCCCAGUUAAGAACGCCGCACAAGCAACUGCUUUGGCCAUCGUCAAGGCUGUCAACCCAAAUGCUGUCAAGGCUGUCCUCCCACCUAUCAUCAACUCCAUCCUCACCGCACAAAAAUGGCCCGAAAAGAUGGCUGGUCUUGAUUGUAUCGAGGCUCUUGUCGAAUCAGCACCAACUCAAUUGGCUCUCAGAGUCCCAGAUCUCAUUCCAGUCGUUUCCGAAUCGAUGUGGGAUACCAAGCCAGAAGUCAAGAAGAGAGCUUACAGCAUCAUGGAGAAGAUCUGUGGACUUAUCGUCAACAAGGAUAUUGAACGUUUCAUUCCAGAAUUGAUCAAGUGUAUCGCCAAGCCAGAGAACGUCCCGGAGACUGUUCACUUGCUCGGUGCCACCACUUUCGUCACGGAUGUUCACGAGCCAACUUUGGCCAUCAUGGUUCCUCUUUUGGAUCGUGGUCUUGCCGAGCGUGAGACUGCUAUCAAGAGAAAGGCUGCUGUCAUCAUUGACAACAUGUGCAAGUUGGUUGAGGACCCCAACAUCGUCGCUGCUUUCUUGCCAAAAUUGAUGCCAGGUCUUAUCAAGAACUACGAGAACUUGGCUGAUCCUGAAGCUCGUGAAAAGACCAAACAAGGUCUUGACACCAUCAAGCGUGUCGGUGCCGUUGGCGCUGAUGGAAAGAUCCCAGAACCAUCAAAUGCUGGUAACGUCUCCACUGUUGAGUCUAUCCUUAAGGAUAUCCUUAGCUCCAACAAGAACGCUCUCAAGUUUGAGCCAAUCAUCACAUACAUCUCCGCCAUCGCUGGCCAACUCAUUGACGAGAAGGAUGCCGACUCUCACAGCUGGACCUCCAACCUUAAGCCAUUCAUCGUUGCAAUUGCUGGUGAGAAGGAGGCACAGUCAAUUGUUGACUCCCUCCGCAAGCGUGCCUCCCCAGGUGCCGAGGCUGAGGAUGCUGAAGAAGCUGAUGAUGAGGAAGGUGAGGAUCUUUGCAACUGUACCUUCAACUUGGCAUAUGGUGCCAAGAUUCUUCUCAACCAAACUCAUCUCCGUCUUAAGCGUGGUCAACGAUAUGGUCUUUGCGGUCCUAACGGUUCCGGAAAGUCUACUCUCAUGCGUGCCAUUAACAACGAGCAAGUCGAGGGUUUCCCAAAGAAGAGUGAGGUCAAGACUGUGUUCGUUGAGCACGAUCUCGACUCCGCUGAUACUGAGCAAACCACCAUUGCAUGGACCAUGAAGAAGCUGAAGGAGGUCGGUGUCGAGACUUCCCAAGAAGAGGUCGAGAAGCAAUUGGCAGAGUUCGGUUUCACCUCAGAGAUGACCAACAACUUGAUCACUGCUCUCUCUGGUGGAUGGAAGAUGAAGUUGGCUCUUUGCCGUGCUGUCUUCGAGGCCCCAGACAUUCUCCUUUUGGAUGAACCUACCAACCAUUUAGAUGUCAAGAACGUCAAGUGGCUUGAAGAUUACCUCCAAAACUCUCCUUGUACCUCUAUCAUCGUUUCCCACGACUCUGGUUUCUUGGACAACGUUUGCCAACACAUCAUUCACUACGAGCGAUUCAAGCUCAAGAGAUACCGUGGUAACUUGAGGGAAUUCGUCAAGAAGUGCCCACAAGCCAAGUCUUACUAUGAGCUUGGUGCUUCCGAGAUGGAAUUCAAGUUCCCUGAGCCAGGUUUCCUCGAGGGUGUCAAGACCAAAGCCAAGGCCAUUGUUCGUGUCAACAAGAUGUCCUUCCAAUAUGAGGGUACUCCAAAACCACAAAUUUCAGACAUCACCUUCCAGUGUUCUCUUGGUUCCCGUAUUGCCGUCAUUGGUCCCAACGGAGCUGGUAAAUCUACCUUGAUUAACGUUCUCACUGGUGAACUUAUCCCAACUAUUGGUGAGGUCUACACCCAUGAGAACAUCCGUAUCGCCUACAUUAAACAACACGCUUUCGCCCACAUCGAUCACCAUCUCGAGAAGACUCCAUCUGAAUAUAUUCAAUGGCGUUUCCAAACUGGUGAAGAUCGUGAAACUAUGGACAGAGCCAACAAGAUCGUCACUGAUGAAGAUGAGAAGGCAAUGGACAAGAUUUACAAGGUUGAAGGUACUCAACGUCGUGUUAUUGGUAUCCACUCUCGUCGUAAGUUCAAGAACUCUUAUGAGUAUGAAUGUUCGUUCGCUCUCGGAGAGAACGUUGGCUUGAAGAACGAAAGAUGGACACCUAUGAUGACUGCAGACAACGCCUGGAUUCCACGUACUGAAAUCUUGGCUUCCCAUCAAAAGAUGGUUGCUGAAGUUGAUCAAAAGGAGGCUCUUGCCAGUGGUCAAUUCAGACCUUUGGUUAGAAAGGAAAUUGAACAGCACUGCGCCAACUUCGGUUUGGAUGCUGAAUUGGUUUCUCACUCCCGUAUGUUGGGUCUUUCUGGUGGACAACGUGUUAAGGUCGUCCUUGCUGCUUGCUCGUGGCAACGUCCUCAUCUCAUCGUUCUUGACGAACCUACCAACUACUUGGAUCGUGACUCUCUCGGUGCUUUGUCCAAAGCUCUUAAGAGCUUCGAGGGUGGUGUUAUCAUCAUUACUCACUCUGCUGAGUUCACCAAGAACAUCACUGAAGAAGUCUGGGCUGUGUUGGACGGAAAGAUGGUUGCAUCUGGGCACAAUUGGGUACAAGGUCAAGGAUCUGGGCCCCGUCUCAAGGGAGACGACGCCGAUGAAGAGGACAAAUUCGAUGCCAUGGGCAACAAAAUUGUUUCAACUAAGAAGAAGGCGAAGUUAUCUUCCGCGGAACUUCGCAAGAAGAAAAAGGAUCGUAUGGCGAGAAGAAAGAGAGGCGAGGAAGUUUUCACGGACGAGGAUGAAUAGAUUGAUGGUUGGAAUACUUAUGAUGAAUAGACCGAUGAAAAUGAAUAACCACAGAAGUACUCGAACCAAAAAAAGGGCUAGAGGAAUAGAAUUUUAAUGACAAUUUCAAUGAAACAUAAUUAGUGACUUAGUACUAGUGAUAUUGUAAGAAAGUUGGAAUUAUAGGUCAAAUACAUAAAGGUUUUUAACUAGUCAAUCAUAUAACCUAUUAUAAAUAAAUAUAAAAGGAAAGCUUUUGUUUCUUCUUUUGAUAAUAAUCAACCUUCUACAUAUAUACAUUUGAACCUAUAUAAUAUCAACCCCAAAACCAUUAUGAACCCUGUUUUCUUCAUAAAUGAUAUAUUACAAUAUGAUCUAAUUCAGCUUUCUCUUCCAAUUCCCUUCUCACAAUAUGCUAUCGGGACGCACGUAUCUCGACCUAUUACUUUUACAAUAUAACCUUCAUAUAAUGUAUUACUGUAUAUAUUUUACCAGCGAAAGUUCUCAGGCGUUUCUUGACUGGAUUAUAGAUUUCUCGAUGAAGAAUAGUAGUAAAGAUCGAGAAUCCAUUGAUGACGAACUACUAUUUAAAUCAAACAGU